AUGCUGCGGCCAUCGUUUCAAACGUUGCAGCGUUCGCUGCGCAACUCGCUGCUGGUGGCUCGAUCCUCCGCAUCACAUCCCCCUAUUACCACCACCAGCAGCGCCGUUGCACGGCCUUUGCGUUCUUUUACUUGCAUUGCCAACGCUCCCAAGCCCGCAUUGACAUCCACUAGCCAUGGUGCGACACCGCUUCGUCAGGUGCAGCAACAGGCGAGGGGUGUGCGCACCAGCCCUUUCCGUCCCAAUGGCGGUAACGGUGGCGCCAAUGGCGGACGCUUCGCAUUUGCAGCCCCUCACUCUGCUCCUGCGGCUGACGCUCCCACAAGCAUCUCGCAGCCUGGCGGAUGGACACGCGCUCUUACCAGCAUCGGAAUCAUCGGAGCAACCGCUUUCGGUGCCAAUCUCUUCUUCAACCGCGAGACGCGCGACUCGCUCCACCCAGUUGAGGCCGAGUAUUUGCACAAGACCUUCAUGUACCUUGCCGGUGGCCUCACACUCACAGGUGCUGCCGCUGUCGGUCUUCACCGCUACGGUGUCUCACAGCGCGUCAUGAUGGCCAACCCCUGGUUGGUGCUGGGUGUCGGUCUUGUCGCUAGCAUCGGUGGUAUGCUUGGCGCUACCUCGCUUCCACCCGGUCACCCUCUUAAGGUCCCCUCGUGGCUGCUGUUCAAUGCUUCCCAGGCUGCUGUGCUUAGCCCUUUGCUAUUCCUCAACCCUGCUGUCCUGUCGCGAGCUGCGCUUUACACUGCUGGCCUCGUGGGCUCGCUCUGCUAUGUCGGUGCUACCGCCAAGGAAGACAAGUACCUAUGGAUGGGCGGUCCUUUGCUCGCAGGUGUCACCAUUGUGGCUCUCUCGUCAUUAGCACCCAUGAUCCUCCCUCGCACUGCCUUUCGCACUCUUGCUGCCACCGAGGCCCUCUCGCUGUACGGUGGUCUCGCUGUGUUCGGUGCCUUUGUGCUCUACGACACUCAGCGAAUUCUCAAGCAUGCGCAGAUGGUACGAGCCGGCUACACGCGUGGAGACCCACUUGCCGAGUCGAUUAGCCUCGAGCUCGACUUUAUCAACAUCUUUGUCCGGAUGGUACAGAUCCUCGGCAUGCAGCAGAACCGUCGCAAGUGA